CCUCAGCUCACUUCCAUACGAUCAAUCGAUUUCGAUAUACCUCAACUCGAAAAAAGCCCGUCGAUACAGUCGAUUGAAACACCUCGUGCAUCGCCGAGUCCUGUGGCGAAGGAAGAUGUGAGCCCGUCGAAGGCAUCUCCUGAGGACUCCAAAGCUUCUCCAAAAGAAGCAGAGGAACUCAGCGACAUCGAGUCGAUCACUGGAAUCGAUCAGCUUCUGGAAUCGGACCGAUCGGGCAGCAUAUCGUUCUGA